CGGACGACCUCUGAACGUAAGGAACAAACUCGUCUGACCGCUGUCGACGAGCGACGUUUACAGGGGGAGAGAAGUCUGUGGAGAAACGAACAAGCGUCCCCCAGAACAGAGCCCAGGCCCGGGAGUAUCUGAAAACCCGCUGUGUGAUUCCUAAAGGUUGGCUCCGUCGUUGCUCCUUUUAUAACGGACAAGGAUGGAGAUGCACAUGAGUGAGAUGGAUAGUGGCAUGAAAAAGGUCAGCGAGUGGAGUCAGUCGUAUUACGGUCACGACUCGGGCAUCCAGUCUGGAGCCACCACCAUCAGAGACGAUGACGGCGACUACACAUCCACAACGCGUUACGUCACAACCACCACCGUCACCAAAGAGCAACCCGAGUUGGAGACCCAGUACACACUGAGCAGAGCUCAGCGUGUUCGGGCUGCGAUGUUCCCCGAGUCGAUGGAAGAAAGCACCACCAUCCUGUCGACCCAGACAGAUCCGUCCCAGAUGACCAACGUCCAGCGGCUGGCCGAGCCCUCCCAGAUGCUCAAACAGGCCAUCAUCCACCUCAUCAACUACCAGGACGAUGCCGAGCUGGCCACCAGGGCCAUCCCGGAGCUCACCAAGCUGCUCAACGACGAAGAUCAGGCGGUGGUCAGCAAGGCGGCACAGAUUGUCAACCAGCUCUCCAAUAAGGAGGCCUCCCGCCGCGCCCUGAUGCAGUCCACUCAGAUGGUGUCGGCGGUGGUCCGGGCCUUGCAGAACUCGAACAAUAUGGAAACCACCAAGGCCACAGCCAGUAUCCUCCACAACUUAUCCCACGACAGGGAGGGCCUGCUCGCCAUCUUCAAUUCAGGAGGCAUCCCCGCUCUUGUCCGCAUGCUCAGCUCUCCGCUAGAGUCUGUGCUGUUCUACGCCAUCACCACACUUCACAACUUGCUGCUGCACCAGGAGGGAGCCAAGAUGGCCGUGCGUCUGGCCGACGGACUGCAAAGGAUGGUUCCGCUGCUGAAGAAGUCCAACCCUAAGUUCCUGGCCAUCACCACAGACUGUCUGCAGCUGCUGUCAUACGGCAACCAGGAGAGCAAGCUGAUCAUUCUCGCCAACGGAGGUCCCGAAGGUCUUGUGCACAUCAUGAAGAACUACAACUACGAGAAGUUGCUUUGGACCACGAGCCGCGUCCUCAAAGUCCUCUCUGUGUGCCCCAGCAACAAACCAGCCAUUGUUGAGGCUGGUGGGAUGCAGGCUCUUGGUAGACACCUGCAAAACUCCAGCCAGCGUUUGAUGCAGAACUGCCUGUGGACCCUCAGAAACCUGUCCGAUGCUGCGACAAAGCAGGAAGGAGUUGAACCCCUCCUGCAGACUCUGGUGGGGCUCCUCAGCUCAGACGACGUCAACAUGCUGACCUGCGCCACCGGCAUCCUGUCCAACCUCACGUGCAACAACAGCAACAACAAAUCUCUGGUCACUCAAAGCAAUGGUGUCGAGUCGCUGAUCCAUGCCAUACUGCGUGCCGGGGAGAAGGAGGAUGUGACCGAGCCUGCGGUUUGCGCCCUGCGACAUCUGACUUCACGCCACCAGGACGCCGAGAUGGCGCAGCACGCCGUGAGGAACCACUACGGCAUCCCAGCUAUCGUCAAGCUGCUCAACGUGCCCUACUACUGGCCAGUCAUCAAGGCUGCUGUUGGGCUGAUCCGUAACCUGGCCUUGUGCCCAGAAAACCUGGCUCCCCUCAAAGAUGCAAACACUGUCCCCCGAGUGGUCAACCUGCUGCUCAAGGCCCACCAGGACACUCAGAAAUCUAGUUCAUCCACUCAGCAGACUUACCAGGAUGGAGUGAAAAUGGAGGAGAUUGUGGAAGGUUGCACAGGAGCCUUGCACAUCCUGGCAAGAGAGCCCACGAAUAGGAGUGAAAUUGCCAGCUUGAACACAAUUCCACUCUUUGUCCAGCUCCUCUACAACCCAGCGGACAACUUGAGGCGUGUGGCGGCAGGCGUUCUGUGUGAGCUGGCCCUGGACAAACACUGCGCUGCAGCUAUUGAAGCAGAGGGAGCUACAGCUCCACUGAUGGAGCUGCUGCACUCUCCCAAUGAGGGCAUCGCUACCUACGCUGCUGCUGUUCUCUACCGCAUUUCCGAAGAUAAGAACCCCGAAGCCAGGAAGCACGUCUCCAUGGAGCUCACUCACUCUCUGUUCAAGCAGGACCCUGUAGCCUGGGAGAUGGCCCACAACGCUGUCCUGGAAGGAGAUUAUCCAGAUGAACCAGACGGUUACGCACCCUAUUCAUACCAAGGUGAGAUGCCAAUGGAGGGCUAUGACGGACAAAUGAUGGGGGACGACUUUUCAGGAAUGAACUACAACUACAACAAACCCUUUGACUAUUAACGGAUGUUGAACGAGAGGCUGAAGACCCAAAGAGGGAUUCUGUGGUCGAGAGAAAACAUUCACUCCUCCCUCUGCUCUCCACCCGCUGUAAAAUAUGCAAUUAUUGUCAAAUAUGGGACUCAUAAUCUUAACAGGGCUCAACUUUCUGGUUUUUUUAAAUAUAUAUAUAUAGAAAGAAUAAUUGACUUUUAAUAAUGACGGCAUUUAAGUUUUGGUUAAAAAAAAAAACUUUUAGAGGUGUGUGUGUGUGUGUGUGUGUGUGUGUGUGUGUGUGUGUGUGUGUGUGUGUGUGUGUGUGUGUGUGUGUGUGUGUGUGUGUGUGUGUGUGUGUGUGUGUGUGUGUGUGUGUGUGUGAGUGAGAGAGAAUGCGUUUAGGCUUCUGGGUGGGUGGUCUAUGCCAAAGAGAUUUUUGUUUUGUGAUGAUAAUCAUGUAGCCUCCUUUUUAUUAUUAUCUUAACAAUCAAGAAAUAAUAUUUGAGAACACUGCCAGAGGUGGCUCAAUGUGCACAGUGCACCUAUCUGCUUCUCUGUUUUAGGCCUUUAGUUUCUAACAUCACUGUUUUGACUGUAGUUUUGACACUUUGUACCGUCAUCGUUCUCCCAUAGUGAGCCAGAAAUCGAUUCUCUGACUCGUUCUUCAGGUGAUAAUUCAACAGAAGGGAAGAAAGAUGCUUGAAGCGAGCUGAGCUGUUGGCUACUCUUAUGUAAUCAGUUGUUUAACUAAGACUGGAGAUGCUUUUCUUUUCUGAUUUACUGUUUUUGGUUGUUCACUCGGAGAACUUCAGUGUAUUAUCUUCCAUCAAUUUAGCAGAGAUGUCGUUUUUUUUUUUGUUCUGUUUUGUAUUUUUGAAGUGAAUUUUAAAAAGGAACCGAGCUGGAGCUGUGGUUGAAACCACGAGGAUUGUUGGGGAUGAGAUGAUGGAGUCCGGAUGGCCCCGCAGCUGCCAGCGAACUACUGACAGGGAAAUCUUGCUUUCUAUUUCAUAAAGAGUUUUUACUGAGAUUUUGUUUAAUAAAAUAAAUGAUAUAUUAAAAAUGCA